CGAUUUCUCAGGCACUACAGUCUUACAGCAAGUAUACCCUGUAUAGUUCACUCUCAGACCAUCAUGGCGUCCGUCUCAUCUUCAAUCUAGAUUGAGCUAGAUCACGUGGAGAUAAGCACCACCCGAUAAGCCUUUGGAUUUGUGCUUCUUUUUGCCCGUCGCGGUCAACCACUCCAGCAUUCGUGAAUCUUCAACACCCACUGCAGGCCCCAGUGGUAAACACACAUCCAACAUGUCAUCUCCCUUGAUCCUUCUCCCCGGGGACGAGAUCCCAUCAGAAUACCUCCCAUCCACCAAUUCCGCGCCAUUGAGACUUGGCCCCGGUCUCCGUCUACUUUCGCAACCGCCCUCUUCUUCCCCUCAAGCAUCAUCUUCCCCUAGCCAUGUCCUCACAGCCACACAAGCCGGCAUUCUCUCCACAGACACCAAACGGAACGCUGUAUCUAUCCUCUCGACUCCGAAUCGCCGCUACAUUCCUACUGUUAAUGACCUGGUCAUCGCACAGGUCCACCACUCCAGCGUGGACUAUUUUCACUGUAUGAUCACGCCGCAAGCGCCCCAUGCGGUACUGGGACAGCUAUCCUUCGAAGGUGCGACGAAGAAGACUCGGCCGAUGCUGAAACAAGGCGAUCUGGUUUACGCGCGUGUGCUCUCGGUGGGUCUGGGCGCGGGCGCGGAGGUUGAGCUGGCCUGUGUGAACCCUGCAACGGGCAAGGCUGAACCUGGAGGACUCGGUCAAUUGAAUGGGGGAAUGGUGUUCGAUGUUUCUACUGGCAUGGCUGCUAGGUUGAUGAGGGCGAGCUCAUCCUCUUCGGGCGCACAGGAUGGUGUGGCCGGGUUGGUAGUGUUGGAGGAACUGGGCAAGAAGUUAGAAAAAUCGGGCGGCUUUGAGAUCGCCGUGGGACGAAAUGGUAAAGUCUGGGUCGACUGUUCUAGCGGAGGCGAAACUUCCGUCAAGGCGACAGUAGCUGUGGGACGGUGUCUGACUACGAUUGAUGAGCACGACUUGAAUCCGGCGGAUCAGAAGAAGUUGGUAUCGAGGAUAUUGCGGGAGAUGAAGAUUGAGGUAUAGAUGUGCUUUGUCUCUUAAUGAUUGAUCGUGUGAUAAUACCAUGCAUUGUUUGAUGAUUCUUGCGAGCGAUAAUAUGUAGCAGAAGUGUGGGUACUAGCUGUAC